ACGCAGCAGACGACGUGGUAUUCCCGGUGUAAGAAAGGAACAUUUAAAAAGUUGCCUGUGUUCGACUUGUUCGGCUUGUCAUGAUUAAAACACAAAGUCUUACAAUGUUUCUGAAUUUGAUCCACAUAUAGGAGGAAAGUAUGGAUCACUUAAUUAUCUUAAUUGCUAUAGUACAUUUACUGUACUGUCCAUUCACAAAAGUGGAAGAAAGUUUCAAUCUGCAGGCUAUGCACGACAUUUUAUACCAUGGCUUUAACCUGACCGAGUAUGAUCACCAUGAAUUUCCUGGAGUCGUGCCACGAUCAUUCGUGGGACCAAUUAUAAUAUCAGGCUUGGCAUCGCCGCUAAUAGCAACUAUUAAUUAUUUGCGACUUAAUAAAUUCUUAGCUCAAUAUGUUGUAAGAGCAGUAUUGGGUUUGUUGGUAAUAAGUAUGUUAAAACUGUAUAGAAAUGCCUUACAAAACAUUUUUGGCUUGCAAUUUACUAAAUGGUUCGUUGCAAUUACUGUGACACAAUAUCACUUUAUGUAUUACUUGAGUCGUCCUUUACCAAAUAUAAUGGCUAUGCCACUAGUACUACUGGCUUUAUUUGGGUGGUUGAGACAAAAUCACAUCAUAUUUAUUUGGUCAUCUGCAGCAGCAAUAAUAAUAUUCAGAGCAGAGCUCGCUAUGCUACUGGGGUUAUUCCUUUUGUACGAUAUAGCCAACAUGAAACUGACCAUACCAAGACUACUUAAAAUUGCGGUACCAGCUGGUAUAUUUUUUUUAAUGCUAACAGUUGCAAUUGAUUCUAUAUUUUGGAGACAUUUAAUAUGGCCUGAAGGAGAAGUAUUUUAUUACAACACUAUUCUUAAUAGGAGCAGUGAUUGGGGUACAUCACCAUUUUUUUGGUAUUUCUAUUCAGCACUUCCACGUGGACUGGCUUUGUCAUAUUUUCUAGUACCUUUAGGUAUGUUAUGGGAUGCUCGAGUUCGAACAUUAACAGUUCCUGGUAUUGCAUUUGUUACUUUAUUCUCAUUUCUACCGCAUAAAGAACUGAGGUUUAUCAUAUAUGUCUUUCCAUUACUGAAUGUUAGCGCAGCAGUUGUUUGUCAUAGAAUAUGGGAGAAUAGAACAAAAAGUCCAUGGAAUGGAUUUAUGGCACUGAUCAUUUUAGGGCAUCUAGUUUUAAAUGCUCUGUUCUCUAUGUUUCUUUUAUGCGUUGCUGGUUCUAACUAUCCUGGUGGUUUAGCUAUUGCAAAAUUACACAGACUUGAAAAAGACUCUGUCAAUUCGGUACAUGUGCACAUUGAUAUUCUGACCGCACAAACGGGAGUUUCAAGAUUUACACAAACAAAUGAUUCUUGGAUUUAUUCAAAGCAAGAAAAUUUAACCAUUGAUAAUCCUGAAAUGCUUCAAUUUACACAUCUAUUAAUGGAAGCUAAGAGUAAAUACUCGCUGAAUAUAAAGCCCUAUCUUAAAACUCAUGAUAUUCUGGAUUCUGUAGAUGGUUUCUCUCAUAUAGCACUAAAUUAUAACAUGUUACCACCGAUAAGAAUAAAAACUAGACCUAUUAUAUUCAUUAUGAAAAGAAAGCCUAAUAUAAAAUAUGACCCAAAAAGGGCAAAACCGCAACAAGCCUAUUUAAAACAGUCAACUCAAAGUGAGAUACAUCAAAACAGAGACAAUAAAGAUGUAAUAAACGACACUGUAAAGAAUAUGGAACCGAUAUUAGGUGAGAUUAUGGAGUCAUUGGAGGAAUUUGAAAGGCCGUUAAACAUUAGUAAUAAAAACGCAUUAGACCUAGAAAUGAACGAAACAAUCAAAGUUAGCACAGAAAAUAAUUCCGACGAAUACGUCGUACCGUUAAAUAUAGAACAAGUAUAUAAUAACUUAUCCGAAAACAACUUAUCGCGUUCAGAAACAUCGAUUGAAAAAGAAAACGUACCAAACGUAACCAACAUAGAAAACAGUAUUACUACUGAAAGUAAUAAUAAGCCACAGCAUAAUAUUAAAAAUAUUUCGAUCAGCGACGAACAAAAAUUAGAUAUAAAGAAUGAAGAAACUGAAAAAAUGGAAAUAGGUAAAGAAAGACAAAAAGUUGCUAAUGUACAGCAAGAAAGUAGUAGUACUCUAAAAGAAACUGUUAAAAAAUUGAUUCAAGAAAAGAUGGAAGCAGUUAAACUCAGGAAAGAUUUAAUGGACGAAAAGAAAAUAUCAGAAGUUCCAGAAAAAAGUAAUGUAGAUGUAAAGAAGAUAGUUCCGAUAAAAAUAUUACCGCAAAAAAUCAAAACCGCAAUAAAACAAGAAAUAAAAGAAAAGCCUACGAUUAUUCAAGAAACGACUAAGGAGCAUAGAGCGAUUAAAGUAAGAGAAAACAUUAGAAAUAUAAUUAAUCAAUUUAAAGAAUUUGAGAAAGACUUCGUGCAUGAAGAUUCAGAGAUAAUUAAAAAGGAAACUAUCCAUAGUGAACAAUUUACAGGAGUAAGUACAAAAAUUUCUGAAGAUUCUGCAAAUAUAGUAGAUACUACGACGAAAAGUGAAGAUCUAAGAACAAUCAAAGAUGCCAAAGAAAGUCUGAAAGAUAUAAUAAAUCAGUUUAAACAAAUAAAGAGUGAAUUAGUCUCUGAAGAAGAUGACCAGUUUGACAAAAUUGAAGCUACAUACAUGGACAGGCCAAUUUCCGAGACACUGAUGCAAUUUAGCGAAGCUUUAAAAAAUUUAAUACAACGAAGAAAAAAAUAUAAAACGUUUGUUGGAAAUAAUUUAGAUAAUAGAAAAGACGUACUUAAACUGCAACAUCAAUCAAAAAUAACAACAGAAAAUUCCCCAUUUUUAACGGAACCUUUGAAGGAUAUAAAUGUCCAAAAUAAUGAUAAAGCAGAAAAAGUGAAUAGCAAGGAAAAAUUAGAAAAAGUCGCGGAAGAUAUUAAUAUUAAAGAUAAUUUAAAUUUAGGUACAAAUAAAGUUAUUCAAGACAAAUAUUUUACAACAUACACAAACAAUAAAAAUGUCCCAUUGAAUGCUCAAAAAUCUGCUGAUAAUGUGUCAAAUAACAUAGUAAAAAAUUAUGCUUCCAAAGAAAGGGAUGACGAGAUAAUACAAAAAAAUGUUGAAAAUAAUACAAAUAAUUAAGUGUUAGAAAUAAUUAACUGUUUUAUGCUUUUUAAUGAGGCAGUUAUGUAAUUAUAGUCACAUGUAAAUACGUUAUACUGUGAUAACGAAUAUAUUAUAUUUCUUAAUUGAUGCUCGUGCAUUACCAACGCGGAAAAAAAAUGAGAUUUACUUUUCCUGUUUUAUUGCUUGAAAUUUCGAAGAAUAUUAAACAAAAUGGGAAAGCAUUUGUAUAAUGUAUAGUAUCACAAACGUGCCACAAAUAUGACUUUAUAUGUAUGCUGUUAUAUAAUAUUAAUUUGUACAUCAAUUAUUUCACGUAUUACAAAACUAUCUUAAUAAU